AUGUUACACCGAUGUCCCCUUUGUUCGAGAUCAUACAAACGCCCGGAACACCUUAGGCGUCAUUUUGUUUCGCACAGAUCAGUUCGACCGUACAAAUGCCAUUUUUGCGACAGCGCUUUCCAAAGAUCAGAUGUGCUCAAGAGGCACUUGAAGUCAUGCCGAGAUGCUUCGACCAAGGCAACCAGGAUACAGAGAACUGGAACAACAAGGCACACAAACCAAACUUCUGGUACCAGUGGCGGUUUGGCGUUCGGGGAGCAGGCCGACUCCAUUCCACCUCUUGAUGAUCUGCCUCUGCCUAGUGGAAUUUGUCUGGGAAGUGACAUCCCAUCGGACCUUGUAAAUGAGAGCUGGACCUCUGGACAGAACGGAGAUUCCAUUUUCCCAGAAUUCCUCUCCGACGUGCCAUGGUCGGAUAUUCUGAGUCUAGAGGCAGGGUAUCAGGGAUUUACACCAGAGUCCAAGGAGGAGAGAGCUCCUCAUUUCCGAUUCCUUGAUGAUUUUACCAAAUACUCUGGCUUCGUCCAGUCCUUCGAUUGCGGUACAUUUGCUCAGCGGCGCCAGGUUAUGUCGGAACAUUUGCAAUGUCCGGAGGUGGCACUUGACGCCAUAACCGCAACCAAUCUCUCAGAUCUCCACGUUCCAGAAUCGUGGGCAUAUGUGACCUUUGGAGAAACAACCGAGGCUGAAUACUGCGUGGCUCAAAUCGCCCGGCCAUGGCUGUCAGAUCCCCUCGCUGUCGUGACAAACGAGAUCACGAAUUUGAUCAAAGAAGUCGUCAUGGUAAAGGCGCGGAGCAGCAUAGUGACCCUCACUUGGUCUGCUCUCUUGCAGAACAUGAGCUUGCAGUUUUUCUCGCCUCCACAGCUUCGCAAAUACUUGGCGCUGUACUGGGCCAUCUGGCAUCCAAAUGUCAAUUUCGUCCACAAGCCCACAUUUGACCCGUUGGCCUCGAAGGCGAUUCUUGUUGCAUCGAUGGCCCUGAUCGGGGCGUGCGUCUCUCCCGACGAAAAUGAUCGUGACAAUGCGAAGACAUGGUUCAACUGCAUCGAGGAGCUUGUCUUCACGGACGGUCACUUGCUCGAUGACUCGGUCUUCACCAUUGACUGCGGAUCGGACAUUGCCGGAUCAGCGAAGCAGAAGAUACAGGCUUUGCAGGCAGCUUAUAUGGUCUGUUUGUUUCAGAAUUGGGAAGGCUCCGACCAGAGCAAGCGUCGCAUUCGUCGGCACAGGUACAGCACUGUCAUCAGUGUUGCAAGAGACAUCAGCAUCAACAAGGCAAGACAUCGAGAUUAUACGCAGCAUAGCAUCCAUGGUUUCAACUGGCGAGAAUUCGUGCUCCGAGAAGAACUUAUCAGAGUACUCAUUUGGAUCUUCCUCCUCGACACAGCGUUCGUCAUCUUCAACAACCUUCCACCUAGGAUGGUGAUCAAAGAGAUGAAGAUGGACAUGGCUUGCGCGGAGUCUUGUUUCCAAGCACCAACGUCUCACGAAUGUUAUGCACAGAUACAGGCUGAUAGGUGCCGCUUCCAAGGGUGUCAGAGGGCGAGAGAGCUCUGCUCAGCAGUAGAGACGUUGUGCCGAGACAGUGACAAGGUCCAGCACGAGCACCUGGUCGCACUUGCCGAUCAAGGGCCUCUGAACCUGUUUGCAAUGACAUCUGCUCUGCAUUCCCUGAUUUUCCACUAUCAAAACUCCUUCGGCAGCCAGGGUCAGCUUGUUUUGGUCCGCAAUGCCAUCAAACACUGGAAGCAGACCUGGCAGAUAUAUACUGCCCGAUUUUCGCCCGACUUACGACAUGCAACCGUAGAAAUCGGAGAAGGCCUUGCUUGUAAGGACAUGUGGAAGCGAAUCGGCUUCGUGAGGCAUGCUUCGGAAUACUGGCUCCUGGCGAGCCUCAUGCUGGACAAGAUAUCGGCGGCAACGAAGCCAAAGAGCCCCGAGUUUGUGUCGAGGGCUCUGACAGACCAAGCAAGUAUCGUCAUUGAUCCUGGCGACACGGAAAGCUUCGAACCGGUGCUAGAGAGGUACGAUGAGACGAGUAUGCGCCAGGUGAACGAGCUUCUUGCCGAUUUUCAAAAGAUGUACAUCGCUUUGGAGUGA